AAUCCAAGGUGAAUCCUUUCCCUGUCUUCUUUAGCCCCUUCGUCCUUGCCGGGAAAAACCCCACCCAAAAUCCCCACUUAGCAGGAGCAAAAAUCCCUUCCACCUCUUCCACCGGCGCCUGCACAGGCGCAGCCGCCUUCCCCACAACAUACCACGGUGACAUUCCCGCCUUUCCUCACCUACCCCUGAAACAACUGCUCUCUUCCCUGUCUCCUCUCUGUUUCUCGCUUAUAAAUCCUUACCACUACAUAAACUCCCUAUGCUUACGACUUCGUUUGCUGAGUUGCAGCAUUGAUGCCCGGGCGGUGUGGUUGUAACUAACUUUCAAUACUAUGAUGAACGCCCCAAUUAUUGAUCCCUUGCAGGGGGAUUUUCCGGAAGUAAUAGAAGAGUUUCUGGAACAUGGGGUUAUGAAGUGCAUUGCUUUUAAUCGCCGCGGAACUCUUCUUGCCGCUGGGUGUGCCGAUGGAAAUUGUGUUAUUUGGGAUUUUGAGACUAGAGGUAUUGCAAAAGAACUCAGGGAUGAUGACUGUCUUGCUGCCAUAACUAGCAUUUGUUGGUCUAAGUAUGGUCAUCGCAUACUUGCCUCCGCUGCUGAUAAAUCAUUGACUCUCUGGGAUGUUGUCAAAGGAGAGAAGAUAGGACGGACAACACUUCAGCAAACCCCUUUACAAGCACGCUUGCAUCCUGGCUCUUCCACUCCGUUGAUCUGCUUAGUUUGCCCCGUCUCAUCAGCUCCAAUGAUUGUUGACUUGUGUUCUGGUAGCACAACUGUGCUUCCUGUGUCAUUACCUGACACAGGCAAUGGUCUUGCCCCUCCAUCACGUAACAAAUUUUCAGAUGGAUCUGCACCUUUUACUCCAACUGCAGCAUGCUUCAACAAAUAUGGGGACUUGGUUUACGUAGGAAAUUCGAAAGGAGAAAUACUUAUUAUAGACCAUAGUAAGAUUCAAGUCUGCGGUGUAGUUCAGGUUCCUGGGGCUUCUGUGAUAAAAAAUAUGGUGUUCAGCAGGAGUGGACAGUAUCUUCUUACGAAUUCAAAUGACCGUACUAUCAGGAUCUAUGAAAACCUUCUCCCUUUGAAAGAUGGACUUAAGGCCCUUGAUGAAUCAAAUAGUGGCUUAGAUGAGCUAGAUGGUGUUGAAAAGGUGAAGACUAUUGGAUCAACGUGUUUGUCACUCUUCCGAGAAUUCCAAGAUUCCAUCACCAGAGUGCACUGGAAAGCACCAUGUUUCAGUGGUGAUGGUGAGUGGGUCAUUGGUGGGUCUGCUAGCAAAGGAGAGCACAAGAUCUAUAUAUGGGACCGGGCUGGUCAUCUUGUUAAAAUCCUUGAAGGUCCAAAGGAAGCAUUAAUGGACUUAGCAUGGCAUCCUGUCCACCCCAUUGUUGUCUCUGUUUCCUUGGCUGGAUUGGUUUACAUUUGGGCAAAGGAUUAUACUGAGAAUUGGAGUGCAUUUGCUCCAGAUUUUAAAGAACUUGAGGAAAAUGAAGAAUACAUAGAACGGGAAGAUGAAUUUGAUUUGAUGCCUGAUACUGAAAAGGUGAAAGAAUCAGAUGUAAAUGAAGAUGAUGAAGUUGAUAUCAUGACUGUGGAGAAGGAUUCGGCUUUCAGUGAUUCAGAUGUAUCAGAAGAAGAAAUAUGCUUCUUGCCUGCUGACCCAACUCCUGAUGCUCCUGAGCAGCAAGACAAAUGUGUAGGAAGUACUUCAAAGUUAGCUGAUAGUGCUCAGUCAGGAUCUCCUCUAUCUGACGAGGCUGGACAAAAUGGACAUGCAGUGAAUCAAUCAUCAAGCCCCCUUGAAGGAAUGGAUAACUCAGCUGCUGAGGACACAGGAGGCACUCGCUUGAAAAGGAGGCGUAGGCCUUCUGAUAAGGUGAUGGAGUUACAGGUAGAGAAGGUUAAGAAAUCUUCACAGAGGAUGAAACCAUCUGAAUCAUUUUGCUCCAUCAAUCAUAGAUGAUGUUUCAAUAAAAUUCUGUAGGAUUUGGUAUUGAAGUGGAGUUAUUACCAGAUACUGUAGAUUGUCUGGAAGUCACUUGUACUGAUUGCUUUCCUUCAAUCCAUUCUUCUCUUCCCUUUUUUCUUUUUUUCCUUUUCUGCUUCUCUUUUUCUUCUAAUGCUGAAUGUAGAAGGGUAGUUUGUUUAUUGGUUUCAUGCUGAACAAUGUGUUUGAUAUCAAUUUAGCUGCAGUUUAAGAGCAUAAGUGGUAACUCCAGUCCUUGUCGUUAGAUCUUGGCCAAUGUACUGGAUGCAGGAGAACAUAUCUUUAAGGAUGGCUAAAUGAUAGCUGACUACAACUGAUACAUUAUAUUGUUAUUUAUGUAUGAUAUUUCUAAUUUCGACCCAUCAACUCAAAGAAUAACUGUAUUCACAUUCUUGCAAAUUGAGGCAUCUGAAGACUGUGUAGCUGUGGUUGAAUUAGAUUUGACUGUAGGCAUCCAUUCAAAAACAGAGGUAGUCUUCUACCUAAAAUUGCAAUUUUUCCAGAGCUUGGCCGACAUGGCUGUGACCAGGACUUCAGCCACCUAAUAAAUUGCUUAAACAGUUUGCCAAACAUCUGUGAUUGUUUGAUUGCAUUGCAGAAAGCGUAGAAUAAUGCAUUUUGCUUCAUCUAUGUAAUGUGAUUGAAAGUCACUGGCUGACAUUUAGGGACAUUUGAACAGCCCAAUUCAGAAGCAAACCAUCUUCUCCCAUUUUCACCAAGUUGAACUCUGCUUAUAGCAACUCUUCUUAAAAGAUUUGGAUACAAGUUUUUUCUGUAAACGUAAUUAGUACAAGGCUAGGUUCCUCGUACGUUGGCUGUAAACAUAAGCUUGUUUAGAUAUAUACAUGUUUAAAUUGUUCUAAAAUGCUGCUAGUUUCAACAAAUUUGCUCUCUUUUCCGGAACUUUAGUUACAUUACCCAUUUAUUUUGGAAUUCAUUUAUUGAAGUAAGGGUUUGAGACACAUUAUCUUGAAGCAUCAUUAGUUGCACAACCAAUCGCUUGUACUUCUAUUAGCAUUUCAGAACAAUGUGAAGGAAAUGAAUAGUUGGCUGUAAAAUGAACGAUUGAGGACAAUCACAUAUUUUACCUCAAGCAUGCACUUUGUGUAAGAAUUCUCUUAAACAUAUCUCAUUUGCUUAAUAUAAGCUACUUUCUGACCUAGAUCGUCCAACUUAGCCUUGGUAAUUAUCUAUGUUGCAUUGGACAAAUGCUGAAAAGGAAUGGGGCUCAGACUUUCUUUUAGUAUGACUGCUGGCACCCUUGUGGUAGAUUAUUAAACAUAUUUGUGUUAACCUUUGAAACACUUAGGGUGUGAUCAUUUGUGGAUUAAAUACAUUGCAUGUCUAGAUGGACGUUGAUUUUUUCCUACUAGGCAAAGAUAGAAAUGAAACAGAAUCUUUAUUGAAGAUUCCCAAACAUCUGCAAUGCCUAACUCUGAGGUUAGGCAAAACACUUAGGGCAUAACCUUUUGGACUUAAAUACAUUGCAAUUAUACAUGGAUGUUGAUUUUUUCCUACGGGGAAAAGAUAGAAAUGAAACAGAAUCUUUAUUGAAGAUUGUGACAAGUAGGAUAAAUCACAAAACGUAUUUGAAUAUGUCUUAUUGUUAAUAAUAUUAAUUGAUUUUUUUAUAGAUGAAAUAAAGUAAAUUGUAUUUUGAUUUUGUUAUUGAUUCUUUCUUGAUUUGCUUUAUUAAUGGAUUUAUCCAUAAUUUUUUUUAUUGAUUCACUAAAAAGUUGUGUAUUGAGUCUGGUAAUAUUAAUGAUAAAUAAAAAUAUAUCUAUGUAUAUUCCUUCAAUGAAAAUUUUGGAGGAGAUCCAUGGCUGCAGAGUCCUACUGGAAUUUACUCCAAAAUUAGUGUUGAGGUAAUUAGAAGCAAAGGUCUAACGUGUUCUAGAACCUGUUGGCUUGGUCAAAAAGCAUGUGCCCUGUAACAUUUUCAUCUCGUGGGUCAUGUGAAGAAGUAGAAUGAGUACCAUGAGUUCUAAAUGGGCUGCAAUGGCUGAUAAUUCUGUUUUAUUGUGACAUAAUGGAGUUGAGCCGUGAAUUAUUUAUCUUUCUUGCCUUUUUGCUGUGUUUAUGUGGUCUCAUGGCAAGCAGUUGGACUUGGUACAGAGAGGAGUAUUUUUAUGCAGUCAAGAAUUGCACUGCUUGCUUGUUGAAUAUAAGCAGCAAAAAUUACUAGGUUGAUAAAAGAAUUGCUUUAGCUGCUUCUACUUAUCAUAUGUGGGUGACCAGAAAUCUUGUUCUGUUACAACAUCAGAUGAUUUGCCCUGAUAUGUUUUGCAAAGUCUAUUGAUGAUGUCAAGAGAAUAUGCUCUGUGUAGAGGUGUUCUAUUCACUAGAGGGAACAUGGACGUCAACCUAAAAAGGGUUCAGAAUGCUGUUUCCUUUCGCAGAUAAGUGCUACUAUCAGUAUCACGAAGGAAUGCCCUCUAUCUUAUUGUACUUGUCUAUAGGGAUCUGCCAUUUUCUUUUGUAGACUGUUUCUUGCUAUUAUCAAUGAAAAUCUUGUUCGAGGAAAUACAAGAGGAAGCAAAUUUAUUAUUUUUUUUUACUUUCUUGUUUACACUUUAGAUCCACAUACUUCUUGGGUUUCAAAGCAUAUAGAUUUUGUAUCAUUUUGACACUACAGUAGUUUAGUUGUUGCUCUUUAAGAAUGAAUGUUUCUCAUUUGGAAGAUUUGCAAUAGAAUGUUCCAGAAUGUUUUGAAAACUUUUUGGUGUAGUGAAUGAUUACAACCUUGGAAAGCCUCGCAAUGAAUAUUUGUAAUAUACAUGUUUGCACA